CAUCGCCCGCUGUGCUUCCGCUGCGCCUCCAACCACCCCCUGGUGCGGCAGAUCCGCCGCGAUUGCUCCGACUCCUUCGGGGCCUUCGAGCGCUGCCUUCGGGAGCACCCGGGGGCUGUGGGGGAGUGCGGCCCCCACGUCAGCGCCUUCCUGCUCUGUGCUGAAAAUGUCACCCCAAAUGUCACCCCUGAUGUCACCUCUGGUGCCACCCCCAGGGACAGCCCUGGGGACACCUCUGGAGGUGAGUUUGGAACUGGGAUUUUGGGGUAAAAAUGGGAAAAAAACCCUAAAAACGGCUCCCAUGUCACCCCCAUUCCUGCUCUGUGCUGAAAAUGUCACCCCAAAUGUCACCUCUGAUGUCACCUCUGGUGCCACCGCCAGUGCCACCCCCAGGGACACCCCCAGAGGUGAGUUUGGAACUGGGAUUUUGGGGUAAAACCCACUAAAAAUGGCCCCAUUCCUGCUCUGUGCCGAGAGUGUCACCCCCAAUGUCACCCCCGAUGUCACCUCUGGUGCCACCCCCAGGGACAGCCCCGGGGACACCUCUGGAGGUGAGUUUAGAA